AUGUUCUCAUUUUUGGCAAAGAAUCGCUUUGUCGUCAAUGGACUGCGAAACCUGAGCACGAAAGCUUCGCCGGGAACUGAGUUUUCGACUCCUCGUAUUCCCGACAAUGCCAAAUGCAUCAACAAAGUGAUUCUCCUUGGUCGAUGCACCAGUGAUGCCCAGUUGAAGCCAAUAAACAACACACACUAUACUAGUUUCAUCAUAGUUACUAAUGACAUUAGAAAGACGAAGAGCAACGAGAUAGUCAAGCGCUCGGAUUUUCAUAAAGUCUUUGUCUAUCAACCGUUCCUGGCCAAGAAAGCACACGAUCUGAUCACAAAAGGAACUCGAGUUUAUCUUGAAGGCAAGCUCAACUAUCGACGAGUGGAAAACACGUUUUUCUCCAAUGUCGUUGCUGAAAAACUAAUUUUUGUUUCGGGAACCAAUCAAAGUUACGCCGAAGGCGAUGAAGACUAUGCCGAAAUUGAGGAAGUCGACGAGACCUUCGUCGAGGAUGGCGGCUCAGAGAAAUCUCAAGUUCAGUCAAAUUAA